AUGCAGUCAGAAUUCCUCACCAUCGAUCUGACUGAAUCGGAUGAUGACAGCCCCUGCCCUUCUAAUCGGCAUUUAUCAAGAAGCGUAAUCGAAUUAUCCGAUGACGAGUUGCUACCAUAUUCUCAUUCUGAGACAUUUGCCGGAGUCCGGCGACCCGGGUCAGGCCUGGCUACCCGAUCUGGAUCUGGUGGCCAUGCCACAAUACAUUCUGAGUCUGGAGACUCAGAUUAUUAUUCCGUUUCUAACCAGAGGUCAAACAACAAGCGGUCCAUGAGGUUUUCCCAGUCAAGCGGACACCAGCAGCCUCAAACACUCCAUAAUCAAGCCAAUACUGCUCAAUCACAGGAAUAUCCCUUUUGCCCUGUUGUCAUACAAGGUGGUCAAUCCCAACCACCCUCUACUCAUUCGCACCAACACCCCGCAAGUCGAACGAGUGGCAAUCUAUCUUCAUCCUCGUCUGGUACUAUCGCUCCAUACGGUACUCGAUCCUCCACUAGACGUACUCGCGAGGCUUUCGAUCCGAGCAUUGCCUGUUUCAAUUCCUGCCAGUCAUGCCAAUCAUCUAAUGAGCCGCGUUCUGCCUCUGACGCUUCUAUUCCUGCUACUGCUUAUACUUCUGCUCCAUAUAUAGCUCAUUUAGGCGCAGAUACAGAUUCUGUUUCUGGUGAGUAUCUAAAUGAGCAAGUUUCCUAUUCAAAUUACGUGGAACUAUCACAUUUGGGGGACUGCAUGCAAGAUAUUAGGCGAUAA